CCACCACCACCACCACCACCACCGAAUCCAAGCCCGCCGCUGCCCCAGCCCCUACCCCAGCGCCCGCCGCCGCACCCAAACUCACCCCCCUCCAAGCCGCCAUGCGCGAAAAGCUCAUCAGCGCCCGCUUCCGCCACCUCAACGAGACCCUCUACACGCGCCCCUCGCGCGAAGCCUUCUCGCUCUUCUCCGACUCGCCCGAGAUGUUCACCGAGUACCACGAAGGGUUCCGUCGGCAAGUCGACGUGUGGCCCGAAAACCCCGUCAACGGGUACAUCGCCGACAUCAAAGUCCGGGGCAAGCUGCGCAACGCGCCUCGCUUCCGCCCCGCCGACGGCACGUCCGAGGGCACCAAGUACCCGCUCCCGCGGGACCGAGAUGGACUGUGCACGAUUGCCGAUUUGGGGUGUGGAGAUGCCAAGCUUGCUGAGGCGCUGGUGCCCCUCAAGAGAAAGUUGGGGAUUGAAGUCAAGAGCUAUGAUUUGCAGGAUGGCGGCAAGCCCGAGUUGAUUACGCGGGCGGAUGUUGCGAAUUUGCCGGUGAAGGAGGGGUCGGUGGACGUGGUGAUCUUUUGUUUGGCGCUGAUGGGGACGAACUGGAUUGAUUUUGUCGAGGAGGCGUAUAGGGUGUUGAGGUGGAAGGGCGAGCUGUGGGUGGCCGAGAUCAAGUCGCGGUUUGUUGACCCGACCAGAGGAGGAAAAAGGGGCGGUCCGGGAAGCGUGGUCAGCCACAGUGUGGGCAACCGCAGGAAGGCGGGCGCUGUUUCUGCCGCUGGUGGUGGGCCGGUGGGCAAGAAGGACAAGGCCAAGAUGAAGGAGGAGGAAGAGGCCGAGGAGGAGCAGCAGUUGGCUGUUCAUGUGGAUGGUGUUGAGCUCCGCAAGCAGGAGACGGAUGUCUCUGCUUUUGUGGAGGCGCUGAGGAAGAGAGGAUUCCUCCUGCAGAGGGAGUACGGCCAGAAGGCGGUGGACAUGGACAACAAGAUGUUUGUCAAGAUGCACUUUGUCAAGGCGGUGCCGGCCAUCAAGGGCAAGUGCGCGGACCUGAAGAAGGAGGCGCUCAAGACGACGCAGACGGAUGCCAAGGGACGGCCUAUCAAGACGCCCAAGUUCAUUGAUGCCGAUGAGGAGGCGUCGUUCAACGAGAACGCUCUUCUGAAGCCCUGUGUGUACAAGAUUAGGUAGACGAGCAUGGUGUAUGGUUUAGUACGAUCAGUUAAUGAAAGGUUCAAGAACUAUUUUCUCUUUACGCACGAAA